UAAUGUUUUUGUAAUUAGAAAUUAUUUAUGAUAAAUUUUUUAAGUAAAUUGAAAAUUCUGAUGAGAAUGAUAUAUAUCCUAUCCUCGAGCAUAUGAUAUCAUAGAACGAUCCUCCACAUUCUGCCGUCAAAAAGUAAAAAAAAAAUCCGCUGUUUGGUUCUCCUCUAACCCUAGUAGCCAUUCAUGGAGGUAGAGGCAAACAUUAGACCAUUAAAUGAAGGCUCCACUUCAUUCUUCAAGACGGUAUUCAACGGCCUCAAUGUUAUCAUAGGAAUUGGUGUAUUAUCAAUGCCGUAUGCCCUAGCAUCAGGAGGAUGGUUAAGCUUAAUCUUGCUUUUCGGCAUCUCCGGCGCAGCGUGCUACGCCGGCCUAUUAACAAAACGAUGUAUGGACGCGAAUCCUAGGAUCAAAACAUACGCCGAAAUCGGAGAAUUUGCGUUUGGAAAAAUAGGCAAAAGAGUGUUAUCAAUAAUACUAUACAUUGAUCUUUAUUUAGCAUUAACAGGUUACUUAAUUGUAGAAGGUGAUAAUUUACAUGAUUUAUUCCCUAAAGUCAAGACUAAUUUUCAUGGGAUUAAUAUUGGUGGAAAACAAAGUUUUAUUAUGAUUAUUGCCGUUGCAUUUUUACCAACAGUUUGGUUAGAAGAUCUAAGUGUUCUUGCGUACGUUUCGGCCACGGGUGUAAUUUCGGGUUUUGUAAUUCUUGCAUCUGUUUUAUGGGUUGGUUUAUUUGAUGGUGUUGGAUUUCAUAGUAGAGGUGAAUUAAUCAAUUGGAAAGGGAUUCCUACAGCUAUGAGUUUGUACAUGUUUUCUUAUAGCGCGAACCCUGUUUUUCCUACCUUAUACGCUUCCAUCAAGAAGAAACGUCAUUUCUCCAAGGUCUUACUCAUUGGAUUUUUCGGUGCAACCAUAUGCUAUGCUACAAUGGCUAUACUUGGUUAUAUGAUGUUUGGUUCAGCAUUACAAUCUCAAAUAACAUUAAACCUUCCAACGCAGAAGCUAAGCUCAAAAAUCGCGUUGUAUACAACAUGGAUAAGUCCAUUAUCGAGGUAUGCAUUGAUGAUGGAGCCUGUUGCAGCUACUACUGAGAGUUGGUUUCCAAAACAUCAGAAGAAAAAGGGGUUCAAAAUUGUACUAAGAACUAUCUUGGUUGUUUCACAAGCGAUCAUAGCGAUGUCAAUUCCAUUUUUCGGAAGUCUCAUGUCUCUAGUUGGAGCCUUAAUAGGUGCGACAGCUUCGAUCACAAUUCCAUGUUUAUGCUACCUUAAGAUUUCGAGUAAAAAUCUGAGGAGAUCGAAUGAGCGGGUGGUCAUCAUGUUGCUUGCAGUUCUAAGUAUAGUAAUUGUUGUAGUUGGUACUUAUACAUCCAUGAAAAAUAUUAUCAAGGAGAUCAUGAUAGGUCGACGUCUUCAUUUUUUAGGGCACGACUUUACCUGCAUGGUUACUAAUCAAGCAAACGUUGCUGAGUACUCAGGAACAUAA